CCGCCGCCGGAGCCCGCGCCCGCGCCCGGCCCGCGCGGCCCCAUGCCUCUGGCGCGGCCCUCGGGGGGGCGAAGGUGAAGACCGGCUCCUAGGAUGAGUGAAGGGGCGGCCGCUGCCUCGCCACCUGGAGCCGCUUCGGCAGCCGCCGCCUCGGCCGAGGAGGGCACCGCGGCGGCUGCGGCGGCGGCGGCGGCGGGCGGGGGCCCGGACGGCGGCGGCGAAGGGGCGGCCGAGCCCCCCCGGGAGUUACGCUGUAGCGACUGCAUCGUGUGGAACCGGCAGCAGACGUGGCUGUGCGUGGUGCCUCUGUUCAUCGGCUUCAUCGGCCUGGGGCUCAGCCUCAUGCUGCUCAAAUGGAUCGUGGUGGGCUCCGUCAAGGAAUACGUGCCCACCGACCUGGUGGACUCCAAGGGGAUGGGCCAGGACCCCUUCUUCCUCUCCAAGCCCAGCUCCUUCCCCAAGGCCAUGGAGACCACCACCACGACCACCUCCACCACGUCCCCCGCCACCCCCUUCGCCGGCGGCGCCGCCUCUUCCAGGACGCCCAACCGGAUUAGCACCCGCCUGACUACCAUCACGCGGGCGCCCACUCGCUUCCCCGGGCACCGGGUGCCCAUCCGGGCCAGCCCGCGCUCCACCACGGCACGGAACACUGCGGCCCCCCCGACGGUCUUGCCCACGACAGCCCCUUUCUUUAGUAGCAGCACUCCGGGCUCCCGACCCCCGGUGCCAGGAACCCCCAGUACCCAGGCCAUGCCCUCCUGGCCCACUGCGGCAUAUGCUACCUCCUCCUACCUUCACGAUUCUACUCCCUCCUGGACUCUGUCUCCUUUUCAAGAUGCUGCCUCCUCCUCUGCCUCCUCGUCCUCCUCCUUUACCACCACCACCACCACCACCACGCCACAAACUAGCACCAGCCCCAAAUUUCAUACAACGACAUAUUCCACGGAGAGAUCCGAGCACUUCAAACCCUGCCGAGACAAGGACCUUGCCUACUGUCUCAACGAUGGCGAGUGCUUUGUGAUUGAAACCUUGACCGGAUCCCAUAAACAUUGUCGGUGCAAAGAAGGCUACCAAGGAGUCCGCUGUGAUCAAUUUCUGCCGAAAACUGAUUCCAUCUUAUCGGAUCCAACAGACCACUUGGGCAUUGAAUUCAUGGAGAGUGAAGAAGUUUAUCAAAGGCAGGUGCUGUCAAUUUCAUGUAUCAUCUUUGGAAUUGUCAUCGUGGGCGUGUUCUGUGCAGCGUUCUACUUCAAAAGCAAGAAACAAGCUAAACAAAUUCAAGAGCAGCUGAAAGAGCCACAUAAUGGUAAAAACUACAGUCUCAAAGCAUCUAGCACAAUGGCAAAGUCCGAAAACUUGGUGAAGAAUCAUGUCCAGCUGCAAAAUUAUUCAACGGCGGAAAGGCAUCCUGUGACUGCAUUGGAGAAAAUGAUGGAGUCAAGUUUUGCCGGCCCCCAGUCAUUCCCAGAGGUCCCUUCUCCCGACAGAGGAAGCCAAUCUGUCAAACACCACAGCAGGACCCUCUCCUCUUGCUGCAGUCCAGGGCAAAGGAGUGGUAUGCUCCAUAGGAAUGCCUUCAGAAGGACACCCCCAUCACCCCGAAGUAGGCUGGGUGGACUCGUGGGACCAGCAUAUCAGCAACUGGAGGAAUCAAAGAUCCCAGACCAGGAUACGAUACCUUGCCAAGGGAUAGAGGUCAGGAAGACUAUAUCCCACCUGCCUAUACAGCUGUGGUGUGUUGAAAGAUCCCUGGACUUAAAGUACUCAGCCAAUGGUUUAACAACCCAACAAAAUGCAUCAAUAAAUAUGCAACUGCCUUCAAGAGAGACAAACUCCUAUUUUAAUAGUUUGGAGCAGAAGGACCUGAUGGGAUAUUCAUCCCCAAGGGCCAGUUCUGUGCCCAUCAUCCCUUCAGUGGGUCUAGAGGAAACCUGCAUGCAAAUGCCAGGGAUUUCUGAAGUCAAAAGCAUCAAAUGGUGCAAAAACUCCUACUCUGCUGAUAUUGUCAAUGUGAGUAUUCCAGUCAGCGAUUGUCUUAUAGCAGAACAACAAGAAGUGAAAAUAUUGCUAGAAACUGUCCAGGAGCAGAUUCGAAUUCUGACUGAUGCCAGGCGGUCAGAAGACUACGAACUGGCCAGCGUAGAGACGGAGGACAGUGCGAGUGAAAACACAGCCUUUCUUCCCCUGAGUCCCACAGCCAAAUCAGAACGAGAGGCACAAUUUGUCUUAAGAAAUGAAAUACAAAGAGACCCUGCAUUGACCAAGUGACUCGAGAUGUAGAAAUCUGUGCAUUCUAUGCUUUGCUCAACAGGAAAGAGAGGAGAUUAAAUACAAAUUAUUUAUAUGCAUUAAUUUAAGAGCAUCUACUUAGAAGAAACCAAAUAGUCUAUCGCCCUCAUAUCAUAGUGUUUUUUAACAAAAUAUUUUUUUAAAGGGAAAGAAACGUUUCAGAAGGGAUAAAGCUUACAACUAAAGCUUUCGGGUAGAAUUCUGAAUACAAUUUCAGUUAGUCCCAACACUGUCCUCUUUGGCUCUUAGUAGAUGUGGGCAACUCAGCCCCUCAGCCCCACAGUGCCAGUGGCCUCAUAAAAAGUGCUGGCAAUUACCCAGUUUCAGAGAGAAGAGAUGUAUGCUGAGGGCGGACGUGCCAGUGAGCGGGUGGCCCUUGCCAUGUGGCUUGCCAAUCCCAAACCCUAAAUCUCUAUCCACUCGACAGCCUCAUCACAGGUUAUGUCAUGUCAACCAAUGUAAUGUUUUCUACUUACUUUUUGAAGAAUGGCACAAAGACUCUGGAAGGAGAGGAACAGAAAAUAGAGAGCAUCACGGGGCACUCUUAGCCGCUCUUAUGUGCCAGCUUCCUCCAAAAUUUGAAGGCACAGAAUCUCAGAGGGAGGUAGGAAAUUACUAUAGAAAAAGAGACAAAAACAUCACAAAUGUCGUGUCACUAAAAUCAUGCUAAUAGAAAUGUUUUUCUUUGAGAUUGUUUAGGGGCUCCAAAGGAGCAUUUCUCGGUGUGUGUGUGUGUGUGUGUGUGUGUGUGUGUAUGUGGGGGCCUGCUCACUUGAGCACCGGUAUGCUGUAUGCACAUAUGUUCAUUGUGCGUAUGUGUGUGCAUGUGUGUGUGUAUUCAGCUUGCUAAAAAUUUGUUCUGAAACAUCAGGGAAUCUAAUAUUCAGAAGAAAAAAAAAAUUUCCCUCGUAGAUCUGUUCACUUUAAAUUUUUUCCAUUAAGUAGAAAGUUCAGUUAGUAAAUCAAGGUCACUUGCAUGGUGGGGUCCUACAAAACUCUUGACAAUGUCUAGACCAUUUUCUGAUGUGAAUCUUUUUGAGGAGAACAACUAUUGGCUCAUUAAUGAUAUCAGUAUCACAAGGAAAGUUGGGGAUGUGUACUUAUUCUGAGUCAUGCGUACUUAAAUUAUUUAUACAAGCCAAUGAUCAAAUUGAUGGUUACCCUUUGCUUUCUCAUCAUCCCCAUUACUAUUUAUUUUAUAGAGUCUACCAUGUGUGGACCAAGACAUUGGCUUCUGUGGUUAAUAUGGAAAGAAUAAAUUGUUGAAGUCACAAAGCCCAGCCUAUUCAGUUCAAAGGAAGUCCCCCAAAGAACAGUAAAUUGUGCUGUAUGUUCAUUUGGAAUAAAGCAAUAUUUUUACCACUGCUAAGGUGAACUGAAACUUCUCCUGAAGAUUUGUCUGUUUUAUUUACCCUUCUUUUCAUGGGGCAAUCAAAGAAAUUAGUGUUCACAUAACCAGUCUUUUUCCAAUUAUCGGUGGUGUUGAGUUGUUAUGUUUACACUGUUUUAAAUAAAAAGGCACAGUAUUUGAAAGUAUAUAAAAUAUUUCUUUUACUGAAGUCUGGGAAAACUUUGAUUAAAAUUUCUUUGUGGAAGAUGUACAUUCCCUUGAAAAGGAAUGUAACUCUUUCUGAAUCAAAUAUUGAAGAUAUAAAAUUCUUAUUUAGGAUUAAGCUGUUUCUCCUUGAAAUACAUUGCAAAUUGCUCUUUGAGAAUAUUCUUUGAUAAUAGACAUAAUGUCAUACAGGGAAAAUAAAGAACAUUGUGUUCUUAACACUGUUUACUGGAAACUCAAGUCUCAAAUGUUGAAAACAUUUUGGUAGAAACACAUUUUAUAUUUAACAAAAUGCUUUGUGGUAGUCAUUGGUUAUUUUGAAAAUAGAGGUAAUACUGUUAGACUCAAAAGAUUAUUAUACAUUUUUAAUAUCUCAAUUAUCUAACUUCUCAUUUAGAAGUAUCAUCUUUGGGGAAAUUUUGAAAAAGAUGGUCUUAAUUAACAGGUAUAUUAAAACCCCAUAAUUUGCAUACCCAAUGUGUUAUUAUAUUUAAAGUUUUCACAAUUAUCAAACUCAUUGGAAGUCUUCUCAAGUCUGUUGAAGUCAAGCUGGUCUUGGGUUUUUCACUAAAAUGUUACCUGUUGCAUAUCUAAAUGAAUUCAUACAGAAUCUACCUAAUUAGGAGGUUGUAUGUUCUGUAUGAAGUUAAUAUAUCAUUUAAGAAGAUCAAAUGUUGUCAAUCAAACUUAAGUCCUGAUCCAACCCUUAUUUAGUUAAAGUAGAACCAUGUAUUCUGUGAUUAUAAAUAGCCUUGUGCGUUCUAAAGGGUAUGAACAUCAGGCAUGUCCACCAGCAGCCCGAUGUAAAGUUUAGAGAUACAGUUAUAUCAAAAUUGAGAGUGGAGACAGAAAUCCUCCAGUAAGAGCAAUUAUUAAAUGACCACUGAAGGUGACCAUUAUCUCCUUUUGGAAUAUGAAACUCUCCGAUGAAAAGCUUUCAGACUCAAAAAGCACCUCUUUGGGCUCCAGCAGACAAGUGCUGAUAAGCAUCAAGAUUCUCGAAGCUGAUCUAAUGUGGCCAACAUCUGGAGACGUCGGUACCCUGUCUUUCAAGCUCACAUGCCUACACAGAAGUGUCUAUUUCUACAAGACACUUUUGACUUUGCUUCAUUUUCCCUGUAUUUGUUAUGAGGGUAGAUAUUUGGAGAUUUGGUAAUUGAGUAAGUUGCAAUUCAUUAUUUAUUGGAGAAUGAAUGUUACUUAUUACUUUUUCACUCUGAAUCAUUUCCUGUCUUAUUUUAUAUAAAGUGUAUGUUAUUCUGAUUUGCCAGUGACUUCUAUAGAAUGCUGUUGUUUAAAAUAUAUGAACAAUUUUUUGCUAAUGAGAAAUAGUGGAAAUUAUGUUGGAGAAUUGGCAUCUAAAUUUUCUCUAGUUUUGUUGUGUACAUUAAGUGUUCUAUGGUUUACACUCUUGUCCAAUAUCUACCUUGCUAUGGGUGAAGGACUAAAUAUUUGUAGAUGGAUAAAAUCCCCAAUGAUUUACAUUAUCUCCAAGUAUCAAUAGCCAAGUCCUCUAGAGGAGAAAUGGUGCAGUUUUUCAGGACUCCACAAUAAACUUGUUUUGAUCAUAACAUAGCAGACCUACCAAACAGAGAACAGAAGGGCCAGGCAGAUUUCCAGAGAAUGACCACUGGCUUUUGGACUAACUGACAGGUACGACUUGGGUGGGGCUUCUAAGGCUAUCAGCAACCAGCUGUCCACCAGAAUACACUUGAUGUAUGCAGCAGUCACUCACACUUACCUUG